AGGGGUUGUCCUUCCUGGGCCGCGGCCGAGCUGUCCCCGCCCAGCUCGCGCGGGUCCCAGGCUCCGGCUGACCCCGAGGGCCCUUGAGGAGCCAUGGCCGGGGUGCAGAGAGAGCUGCUCGGGCACGUGGGCGAAGUGGGGGCUGUGGAAAAGUUUGUGCUGAAGUCAGACAGGGUGAAAGUGGAGCUCCUUUCCUUAGGCUGCAUAAUCACUGCGCUGGAAACCAGAGGCAGGGAUGGCCAAGCCUCAGACAUUGUUGUGGGCUUUGAUCAUUUAGAAGGCUAUGUCAACAAACACCCCUACUUUGGAGCAGUCAUUGGGCGUGUUGCCAACAGAAUUGCUAAAGGGAAAUUUAUCCUGAAGGGAAAGGAGUAUCAAUUAGCCAUCAACAAUAAGCCCAACAGCCUUCAUGGAGGAACAAAAGGAUUUGACAAGGUUCUCUGGACCCCCGAGGUGCUGCCAAAUGGUGUUCGCUUCUUCCGAAUAAGUCCAGAUGGUGAGGAGGGAUACCCUGGUAAACUGAAGGUUUGGGUGACAUAUACACUAGAUGAUGGGGAAUUAGCAAUCAACUACAGAGCUCAAGCCAGCAAGACUACUCCGGUUAACUUGACAAACCACGCUUACUUCAAUCUAGCAGGCCAGGGCUCACGUGAUAUCUAUGACCACGAGGUUUCCAUUGAAGCAGACUCUUACCUGCCUGUGGAUGACAAUCUUAUCCCCACCGGAGAAGUGGCUGCGGUGCAGGGCACAGGCUUUGACCUUAGGCAGUCUGUGGAGGUUGGGAAUCACCUGAAGAAGUUCCAGCUUGAUGGCUUUGACCAUAACUUUUGUCUGAAGCAGUCAGCGGCUCGGCAGUUCUGUGCAAGAGUUCACCAUCCCCGCAGUGGCAGAACCCUGGAGGUCUACACUACACAGCCAGGGGUCCAGUUUUACACUGGAAAUGCUUUGGAUGGCUCUCUGACAGGCAAGGGUGGCGCAACAUAUCCCAAGCACUCUGCCUUCUGCUUGGAAACCCAAAACUGGCCAGAUGCAGUCAACAAGCCCCACUUCCCAGAUGUGCUGCUGCGGCCAGGAGAGGAGUACAAUCACACAGCUUGGUUCAGGUUCUCUGCAGCUUGAGGAAAGUCAGCUCAGUACCCAAAAGCAAACAAACAGCAAUAUGUGCUCCAUACAUUAAGCAAAAAAUCCACUAAAAAUGGUGGAAGGAUCUUCCAAACUACAACAGCGUUAGGCAGAUGUGACAGAGGCAGGGACUUUCGCUGCCUGGGGAUGGGUUGGUAGAAGCAACUAUGGUUGCUUCUCUAUGUUAACUUGACUGUUUCCAUGGAAACCACUGGCAAAACUCUGUUUGCCUCCAGUGAGCGGGGGAAGUAGGCCAGCAGUGAGUGCUUUUGAAAGGCUCCCCCCCAACAGCCCUAGUCACCGCUAAAUAUCUUUUCUGUCACUGACAGGAUCAAAACCAGUGAGCAGUCUUUAGAUAUCACCAUAGCCCACUUUCUCCCCUGGCAUUGAGUUAAAUCCUGUCUUUGAUGCAAUGUGAAGCCUCCAAGUCAUCCUGCUCCCCCACACACUUGUCAGGUUGCUCCUGCUAUAUUUGCUAUUAUUAUUUGCUAUUGCUAUUAUUUCCACUAAUUGAGUCCAAAAUAAACCCUUAAUUUUGUAAUGCCCAGCAAUGGACCAAAAAUAAUCAACCCAUCAUUCCUUUUUCUGAGCUGUCCCUAACUGUCCAUCCUCCCUGGCUCUGUCUGAUCUGUCUGGUCUAAUCUGGAAAGUUUUACCUAUACCUGGGUUAGGUAAUGUUUUACCAGUAAUUACACCAGUAGAACGCCUCAUAUGGGCCUACAAGUGACUCACACAGGCUAUUCCUCUUCUUGUCUAGGUAUAGUUAAACAAUACAACAUACUAGUAUAACUAGUACAUUUGCCCCUAGGGACAGAUGUUCUAGCUCCUGUAAGUAGGAACUAAAGCCAGUGGAACUAUGUGGAUGAAGGACUGAAGGGACUACUCACAGGUACAAGGAUUUGUAGGACCAGGUGCUUUUGAAAUAAGCAAAGCCAGCCUUCUCUUUCAACAAAUAAUACUCAUGGAUGUAAUCUCAACAUGCACCUUGUUCUGGCCUGAAGGAGACAGCUUUGUGAAGAUUAAAAUCAGCACACCUCUGUUUCUUUAGACCAGUGCAGUCCAACUUCUAAGCAGUUGGGGUCUGCACCAGCAAAGGCAAUGGGUCCCCACUUCACUACAGGAAAUGAAGGACCUGUGUGAACCCCUGCACUUUCACUGUGCCAUGUGCAUGUGCCUUUCCCUGUCCUAGCCCUCAGCACCCCAGCUGCAGGCCCCCUGGUGCUGUGCUGCUUCAUCUCCUGAAGGGGCAAGAAGCAGAAAGCAGAGAAAGGAAGGGGAGCCCAAAGCCCCAAGCCUCUGUAGGCAGAGCAAUAGAGUGAGUGGCAGUUGAGUGAGAGCCUGGGAGCUGUCAGUUGGGUAGCCCUGCUCUAAGCUUAUGUUAUAUUCACUUCAUUCCUAUGACUGAUCACCACCUCAGUGCGCUUCCCUUGGCAAGAUCUUUAUUGCUCGCUUUCAUUUUACUCCUUCAGUGAAAAAACAACUUGUAGCUUGCAGAUGCCCCAGACCCAAAGUGCAAAGCCAUGAAGUGUCCAGUGGACAGGGUGGAAGUUGUAUAUGUAAAGGCAGCUUUGCCAUCCUAUCUUCCUGGCUCCAAUUUUUCCUGCCCAAGCCCCAGCCUCAGAGCUUUUCUAAGCUGUGCUGGCUGCCAGGGCACCUGUUACCAAAAUUCUGUUCUGCUAGUGCUCACAGACUGUGAUCAAAUCACUCACAGGCCUGCCAGCCAUGGGAAAGGAGCACUCUACCUGGCAGCUGUGCUGGCAGGGACAGUCAGAGGAAAAAGGAGCAAUGCAGCAGUACACCUGAGCUCUUCCACUACCCAGACCCCAUUCAUGGAGUCCAGCUCUGAUUUCAGCUCCACGGGGCCAGCCCAAGUCCUCUACAAACACUCCUAUAACUUUGGUCACAGGGUGAUGAAAAAGGAAGUAGCUUUCAGUCAAGGAGCUGUCAGUCAGGCCCUUCAUUUUCUGUACCAUCCUCUUAUCUCCCUCUCACACAGUCUGUUUCUUCUAGCUCCUCUUCUUGUUGCUCAGUUUUCUUCCAUUUGAGAUUUUCCUCCAGAUUGGUGAGUCUUAAAAGGCAGCUGAUUUUCACUUGGGCCUGAUGUGACUUUCUGUAUAGACAAGCUUCAAGGGAGCUGCAUUUUUAAACUAGUGCAACACAGCCCUCUGCAGACACGUGUUUCAAGUUUAAAAGUUACUUCCCCCAAUUUAAUUGGAACCUGUCCCCAGUCAAAUCACAGUAAGAAAAUAAAAAAGAUCAACCAGCAGUUUCAUAGUUGGUAGGGUCAGAAGGGACCUGAGCAGAUCGUCGAGUCCGACCCCCUGCCAUGGGCAGGAA